AUGCACGCCUCUCAUAUCGCCACAUGUCUGUGCGUAGCUGCAACGGCCCUCGGCAGUCCUGUCGGUCCAGGAGGACCCGGUGCCGGCCCGUCGAAGCCGUCGCCGCCUUCGCCGCCCGCCAAAGGAUGCAAACCGGGACCUGACGACGGCAAGUUCGACUACGAUGCGCUUAAUCUGAGGGAAGUUGGUGCAAGGAAUACUCUGGACUGGCGGAUCUGGCUCGAGCACAAAUGCCAGGCCAUCUCAUUCUGGCAUGAUGUCCCACUCUAUCCCGAUCCCAGCAAGCCAGCCAUCAUCAACGCUGUCGUCGAGAUCCCGCGGUGGACAGAUGGCAAGAUCGAGAUCCGUCGCCCAGAGCCGCUGAACCCGAUCUUCCACGACGAUCGCAACGACGCUCCGCGCUUCGUUGAGUCAGUCUGGCCGCACCACACGUAUCCUUUCGUGUAUGGCUCAAUCCCGCAGACCUGGGAAAAUCCCAAUGUCAACCACUCCUUCACUGGCUUUCCAGGGGACAAUGAUCCAAUCGAUUUCUUCGACAUCGGCCAAGACAUCGGUUACUUCGGCCAGGUCAAGCAGGUCAAAAUCCUCGGCGGCAUAGCGCCCAACGACGGUGAUGAGACGGACUGGAAGAUCCUCGUGAUCGACGUCAAGGACCCCAUCGCUGACCUUGUGGACUCGUGGGAGGAUGUCGAGCAGUAUCGGCCUGGUGUAACGCAAGCUUUCUAUGACUGGUUCACUUACUACAAAGUCGCUCGUGGAGAUGGUGUCAUCCCCAUCAUCGGCGAGAGCUACCAGAGCGCGUCGAUGAUCAUCGACGAUGUCAUACCACAAGGCUACGAGUAUUGGAAGCAAUUGGUGUCCGGCGAGGAGGAUCCAGGCCAGAUCAAUUUUAACCAGACUUCGUACCCAGAGUAUGAAAGUUAUAUCAAGCCGCAGGAUACGACAAGGGCAUUCGAGAUACCGAAAGAGUCUAAGCCGGAGCCAGCGGCGCCGAAGCCGACGGAGUAUGAUGAGUGGUACUACUUGGACGAGGAGUUCGAGCUCAUUACACAAGGUUCGUAG